UCUUGUAAAUAAAUAAAAAGGUUCCAAAAAUUACAACACAAAAGCAUAAAUAUUAUUUAAUUCAAAAUUGGCGCGUUUCAUAGACUUAUCGAUUAUCGCAUCAGAUGUUUUCAGGCCAUCACUAAAGCGCUUUUAAUUCGUUAGCUCCAUUGCAUAAACACAGUAAUAAAAAUGCAAAUAAUAAGGAAUUGCAGAAGCAAACUACUCAAAUACAAGUAUCUCUGCCAACCUAAGGUGUUCUCCUUGUAUUACAGCACAGUUAAAGAUGCCAAUAAAGAGCUGCCCUUGGCCACAGGAUACCAGCCCCGUCCAGUAGAGCAAGCCUAUUGGGAGCGGGAGGAGCGUCUGGCGAACCUGCCAAAGACUGGAAGCAGUAACUGCAAGCGAGGGACAUAUCGCAUGCUGCUUCCGCCACCAAAUGUCACCGGAAAUCUCCAUUUGGGUCAUGCUUUAAUGGCCACAGUGCAGGAUGUGAUUGCACGCCAGCGAAAGCAACUUGGCUACCAGGUGGAAUGGGUUCCAGGCACAGAUCACGCAGGGAUUGCCACCCAAGUGGUCGUGGAACGCACGAUUGCCGCUUCGCUAGGAAAAACUCGUCAAGAGCUUGGGCGCUCGGCUUUUUUGGACGAAGUUUGGCGCUGGAAGGCGGAGAAAGGUGCUGGCAUAGUUCAGGAUCUCCGUCAACUCGGCUGUAUGCUUAACUGGGAGCGCGAGUACUUUACCAUGGAUGAGAAGCAGGCCCACGCUGUAAACGUUGCUUUUGAAAGACUUUUCGAUGAGGGUCUCAUCCGCCGACGCAACUCGUUGGUCAACUGGUCAACCACUCUGCGCUCCGCCAUCUCUGAUAUCGAGGUGGAUCUCAUGGACAUUAAGGAACCUGUGGAGAUAGCCGUUCCGGGCUACGAACAAAAUGUGCUUUUUGGUAGAAUCUACGAUUUUGCUUAUCGCAUUGUGGAUGGCGAAACCCUUCCUGAUGGUUCGGUUGAGGAGAUUGUUGUGUCAACUACGAGACCUGAAACUAUAUUGGGAGAUGUAGCUGUGGCUGUACAUCCACUUGAUCCUCGCUACAGCAAGUAUAGGAAUUUUGAAGAAGUGAAACUUAAACAUCCCUUCCGUCACGACACCAUUCCGCUCGUUUUUGAUAUUGCCGUGGACCAGGAAUUUGGAACGGGAGCGGUGAAGAUCACCCCUGCCCAUGAUAAAUUCGACUUUGAGCUGGCUAAUCGCCAUAAACUGGAAGCCCGACAGGUGUUCAACGAAGCGGGUCAUGUGCUAGAAGCUUAUUCCGAGUUCAAAGGCAAACCGCGUUUUGAAGCACGAGACUUAAUCGUGAACCGACUGGAGGAAAUGGAACUGCUGCGCCAAGUGCGCUCCCACAGCAUGCAAUUACCGAUCUGCUCGCGCUCCAAGGAUGUUAUCGAGUAUAUGGUCUUGCCUCAGUGGUUUCUCAAGUGCAAGGACCUGGCCAAGGAUGCGCUAUCUGAACUUCACAGUGGUCGGCUGCAGAUACAACCUGCAAGCUUUGAGACGGAGUGGGAACGCUGGCUGCAGGACACCCGCGACUGGUGCAUUUCCCGGCAGUUGUGGUGGGGCCAUCAGGUGCCUGCUUACGAAGUGAUUGACUCCAAGGGUAACAGCCAAUGGGUGGCCGCAACAAGUGAAACAUUAGCCAAGCAAAAAGCUAUCCAGUUAGUGGGAAGUGAGGAAUUUACGCUAAAACGUGAUCAGGAUGUGUUGGACACUUGGUUUUCCUCGUCGCUGCUUCCGUUUUCCACGGCUGGCUGGCCGGACGAGGGUUACAAGGAGAAGUAUCCUUUGGACUUGAUGCAGACUGGUCACGAUAUACUCUUCUUUUGGGUGGCGCGCAUGAUGAUGAUGGGCUUAAAACUGACCGGCGAGGCACCGUUCCAGAGAAUACUUUUGAACGGCAUUGUGUGCGAUGCUCAGGGCAGAAAGAUGUCCAAGAGUCUGGGCAACAUAGUGGCUCCCCAACAAGUGGUUCAGGGCGCAAGCUUGGAAAGCUUGAAAGCUGGUCUGGAGCAAUCCUGCGAGGCCGGCAUUAUUAAACCCGCAGAGCUUAAAACCUCCACAGCUGGAAUGACCAAGAUGUUUCCCAAUGGAAUUCAAGAAUGCGGCACUGAUGCACUGCGCUUCACUCUGAUGAGCCAUAACAUUAAGAGCCACUUCAUCAGCUUCGAUGUAAAUGCCUGUUACACUAACAAGCUGUUUUUGAACAAAAUCUGGCAAGCGAUGCGCUUUACCUUGGGUUCAGCUAAGGGAUUAGGAAUCUCGCUGCAACAGUUCGAAACUUUGGAAGGUGUCAAUUUGGGCAUGUGGGAUCGCUGGAUCAUUGGCCGAUUAGCGGAAACUUUGUCUAUUUGCUCGCAGAGCUACAACAACUACAAUUUCCAUUUGGCUACAGCAGCCUUGAAAAACUUUUUCUACCAAAAUCUCUGUGAUAUUUACUUGGAAACUACCAAAUCGGCAAUAUCAAAUCGCACUGCCAAUGCCUACAUCCAUGUCGGCACCCUGACUGCUUGUCUCAGCUGGGGCUUGCAGGCCAUGGCUCCAUUUACUCCCUUUGUGGCUUCUGAACUGCUGCAACAUGUACCGCUCAACAUUGAGCUUAAGCUGUCCGACUACCAGGAUGCCAAACUGGAGGAAGAGGUCAACGAAAUAGUGAGCAUAUGCCAAAACGUUCGGCAGGUGAAGAGUCGCAAUGAGAUUAGCAAGCGACACCAGCCGCGCCUCAGUUUGUUUGCUCAGAACUCGGAUUCGGAAGGCGUUCUUCGUCGCCACCUGCCCCAAAUUCAAGUGCUCACCCGUUGCGACGGCGUGGAACUAGAACUGCUCGAUGAUACCUCAAAUAUUUCCAAGCAACUCAGCUUCUUUUCCACGGCGGGAGCACUCUGUUCUUUUGGCUUAAAGGUCAGUGAUGGAUUGGCUGUAGCAUCGGAUAAACGAAACGAGAUGAAGCUGGCCAACACAAAGAAACUCAAGAAACUAGUAAAUGAGCUGCAGCGGUACCGAAUGCGUUUAGACAAUGAAGCCUUCCAGCUGAUGGCUGACAAAACUGUGAAAAUGCAUUUCGAAAAUAAGGUUAAAGAACUUGAGGCGGAAAUUAACAGCCUCAUAAGACUGUCAGCGUGAUCCCUAUGUGUAGUUUACCUGAUCAAUUUAGAUAAAACCUAUGUUGUUACAUAAACGACUAAGUCGUUUGUUUGUUUUAGAAUUAAAGACUGCCGUACUUAUUAAAAACA